GCCUGGCAGAGGGUCUCUAAAGGACACAGUGUUUGCCAUUUUAACUCAGACCAACGCUGCUGAGUUCUCGCUCUGCAACACCCAGGACAGCAGACCAAAACACCAUGGGAAAUGAUACAACAGACUUCAUCGACUUGCCAUAUACAACAGAAUUCGACUACGGUGAUUCCACACCUUGUCCUGGAACUGAAGAAAAGCACUUGGCAGCAAAACUUUUGCCACCACUUUAUUCUUUGGUAGUGAUAUUUGGCCUGACAGGCAACAUGCUUGUUAUCCUUAUCCUGGUAAAAUAUAAGAAGUUGAAGAGUAUGACUGACAUCUACCUGCUCAACUUGGCAAUUUCCGAUCUGCUGUUUGUAUUUUCUCUCCCUUUUUGGGCUUAUUACGCAGUUCACAGCUGGAUUUUUGGGGAGGCGCUGUGUCGAAUUCUCUCAGGUGUCUACCUCCUUGGCUUCUACAGUGGCAUCUUUUUCAUAAUCCUGUUGACCCUGGACAGGUACCUGGCCAUAGUGCACGCGGUGUUUGCUUUAAAGGCCAGGACAGUUGCCUACGGCACCCUCACCAGCAUCGUCACCUGGGCUGUUGCUGUUUUAGCUUCUGUUCCUGGGAUAGUAUUUCACAAAACUCAGGAGGAAAGCUCAGGCUACACUUGCAGCCCUUAUUAUCCCUCAGAGCACAGAGAUGUAUGGAAGAAAUUCCUGACUUUAAAGAUGAACAUUCUGGGACUUAUUAUUCCAAUGUUAAUUAUGAUUUGCAGCUACACACAAAUAAUAAAGACAUUACUGCAAUGUAGGAAUGAGAAGAAACAUAAAGCAGUCCGGCUUAUUUUCAUUAUCAUGAUUAUCUACUUUUUUUUCUGGGCACCAUACAACAUUUGCAUUCUCCUGCGUGACUUUGAAAUUGCGUUUUCCAUCACUACUUGUGAAGGCAAUAGUCAAAUGCACAAAGUAAUCCAGGUGACAGAAACAAUCUCAAUGAUCCACUGUUGUGUCAACCCUGUGAUUUACGCCUUUGCCGGAGAAAAAUUUAGGAAGUAUCUUCACAGCUUUUUCCGAAAGCAGAUUGCAUCCCGCUUCUCUAAAUACUGUCCUGUUUUCUAUGUUGACACAGCUGAGAGAGCUAGCUCCACCUACACACAGUCUACUGGAGAACAAGAGGUUUCUGCUGCAUUGUAAAUUGUGUCUAGUGAAAGACUGGAAUUGACUCUUGUGAAAUCAAGUCUGUCAUGAAAGCCUGCAAAAUCUGUCCUGUAUACUGGCUCUAAGGCAGCUGCAAAAAAAAAUAAAUCAAAGAAUACAUACCAAAGCUUGCAUUUGCUCAUAGAUUUGGGUAUUUGUAAACAAAUGAAAAGGAUGUAUCAACUUAGCUACACAGGUACGCAAAUGUGGGAUUCUGUAGGGAAAAAAGUGUUCUCUUUGUGAAUGUAAAAUUAUAGUUUCA